AUGGUGGAUAGUGGAUGUGUAUGUGACUACCUCAGGUCCGUCGACCGCAACGCUAACCCCACUGGCAUGGUUGCUGACACAGAUCAAGGUCACCCUGGAUCUCUUGAUCAGGAGCUUAUUCGCACGCUUCGAGAAAAUUUCCACAAAGAACGAUUUCCCUGCGACGGGCGCAUCUACCAAAGUAUUCGUUUCUACCAAGGCGCGACUGGUGGGCGUCGUAAUCAAAUCGCCGAGAACUUCUGGUGGGCGGUCCUACAGAGCGAGCCUGGCAGCCGAAAAGCCGAUUACCUGCGUGCACUUCCUCAACCCCUGGUGGACGGAUUCGAUGCACUUCUGCCCAUAAAGGGCCUCUGGGCCGAUAUGAGUAUUGGUGUCUUGCACAAGCUGAGAGCCAUGCGAUGUAACGAGGUGGUGCUACUCGUCUCUACCCAACGCGUUUUCUAUAACCUGGUAGGAGGGCAGGUAGAUCUCCUUUCCCAAAUCGAUGCGAUGACGGUUCGCCUAUUGCAGUCCCGAGCGCCUGGGGUCUCAGCCCAGGACUUGAAUUUCCUCCGCCUGAAACAAAAUAGACUCUUUAAGUACAUCGACUGCCAACGAGACCGUGAUGCAAUCUGGCAGAGAAUGGAGCGGAUUCAUCUCCCCAUCCCGACACUGAAGACCUUCUUCCAGGAUAUCCUCUUCCUCGAUGUCGGACAGAGCGUAAUGCGCCAACUCUGUCGUAGCCCUUUAACGGCGACGCGAUCAAUUGACCAAGCUUUGGAAGAACAAUACAUUGUAGAAUCAGGAGGACUCGGGUACAAUCUGUCAAGAAUUUCUGGAAGUCGGUUCCGGUCGGGACUCUGGAAUCUUUGGCGAUUCAGCCAUCAGUUCGCUUUCGAGCUGACAACGCGGAAGGACCAUCAUCGCCGCGUGCCUCGGAAAAUGGAGGAUAUAGAGCGUGCACAAGAAUAUGGGCUCCAUGAAAUCCCCAUUGCAGAGAUGGUUCCCUCUCUCCGAUUCCACUUCUUCGGCCUAGCCCGUCUCCACGGGAUUCAUCCUUCGGUGUCUGUCGACGACACGGAGAGAGCUAUAUCUGAGAUCCCCUUGCAGGUGCAAUCCGAUUUCCCGCCAGAGGAGGACCAAGAUGUGGAUCUGGAACGGCGCUGUGGUAAGCCUUUCACCGACUCUAUUGAAGCCGACCGAUACGCGCUCUCCUUCGAGUCGCUCGCACAUCCUACUAUCCAAGUACGUGUCAGCGCGGUUUCGGUGCGACAGUCCGUAUUUAAUGCCUUUUUUUCAUAUCUCCUUCCCCAAGAGACUAUCAGUCAGGAGGGUAGCGGAUUUUGGCGGGAAUCUGAUGCUGGUGUGACUGCGGGACCUGAAUCUUUUAACCUAGCACCUGAAACUUACGAACAGGUGCAUCCGUCUCCCGUUCGCCCACCUAGGACCCCCGCAAACUUUGAGCCCCUGCAGCCGAACUACAGCCCGAUUUUGGGCGAUCCUUUCUCUCAUUCAGAACAGUUGCACUCUGUCCAGAUCACGCACUUCAGAUUCGAGAUCCCAAGCUUCCGGGAGGGGGCUGUUUGGCUUCCCUAUAAUCGAGGCGCUCUAGACGCAUUUUUCGAACAUCUGAGUACAUAUGACUUCCAUUUCUAUUUUUUUCCAGAUGAGGAGAGACCCCUGUCACGCCAAGGAGAUAGGACGCUCAGUCAUUAG